UCUGCUUUAUCCUCUUUUGAGUUUUGAGGGAUGUUGACCUGGACCGGCUGUUUGUCUUCAUUUGCUUGUGUCCUGACGCUGUGGGCUUUGUUUUCACCUCCACUGGUCCAGGCCUGUCAAGGAGAUGAAUUACCGCGUGACAUGGUGCUUGGCUGGCUGAAAAGACGGAUCCUAGAAGGUUUGGAGAUGGAUGAGCCUCCUCUGCCAGUGCUGCAGCUGCCAACAAGGCAGGCGGUGAACAGAGUUGCUCAGCAUGUAGCUUCACGAAUGACUAGGGAGACAAGAGUAGGAAGAAGACACCAUCAGGAGUCUUCACAGGUUAUUCUGUUCCCAAGCUCAGAGUCUACAUGCAAGGAUAUGCCUGAUCACUCCUCAGAUGCUGCAUCCCGUCACUUUACUUACUACUUUCAGCCCUCUAUGGACAGCCAGGACUCCGUCAUCACCUCUGCCCACUUCUGGUUCUAUGCUGGAGAGACCAUCGCUUCUAGCAACAUCUCAGCACCCCUUUUCAUUCUUACUCAUUACCAGGAGCUGCUCCAAGCAUCUGACAGUCCAAUCAAACGCUGCCCUGAUGGCUGGACCACCUAUAAGUUAGCUCCCCAUCUCCACAUUGCCAUGGCUGAUGGCCCUUUCAUGCUGCAGGUCCGUUGCCCAUCCUGCAGUUGCUAUGAUUCAGAAGAUAAAACCCCCUUUCUGCACCUCCACACACGCUCAAGCGGCCCUGACCGCUCCCGCAGGGCGCCCAAAAUCCCUUGGUCACCGGCUGCUAUCGAAAAUCUCAGGAGACCUGCUUCUGAGGAUGCAGAUUGCAGAAAAAAACAGAUCGAAAUCUCCUUCGAGGACCUUGGCUGGAACAACUGGAUUGUUCAUCCUAAAGCUUUCACAUUUUACUACUGCCAUGGCAACUGUUCCAGCACUGAGCGCACUACCACGCUACUCGGGAUCAACCAGUGCUGCGCCCCUGUUCCAGAGAGCAUGAAGUCCCUCCGUUUCACCACCACCUCAGACGGGGGAUACUCAUUCAAGUACGAGACCCUACCUAACAUCAUACCAGAAGAGUGCAACUGCAUCUAACACUCUACAGUUGUUUAGCUUUAAGAUUAUCUGUAAGGUGUGAGAAUGUUGUUGUUUUUUCAAACACAAGUCAGCUAUUUUAAAUGCUGUGUGGAUUAAGAAGAUACUGUAGAUAGAUAACCUCUACUUGUAACUUUAACUUUAUCAAAUUUUAACCUUCAUUAACAUGACAACUUUGUUGAUACAA